AUGGAAGCAAUCACCGUUUUCGAUUUCGAUGCGGAAUAUGCAAAGCAACUGGCAAGAAUGAGCCUCUUUGACGAAGUCCGUGAUCAAAGACGAGAGCUCGAAGAGAACAGAACCGCUGUUGUCGAACAACAAAGCCAUAUUCAACAACUGAAGGAAGACCUUGCCAAGAUGCGAGAACAUUGCCAACACGACGAGGAAGAAUUGACAGCAGCAAAAGAGAAGUUUCGAAAUGAUUGUCCCAGUUGGAUCUUAGACAAUGACAAUUCCAUCUUCGAAAGCAUUGCCUCAUACAUGCAGACACGAUUGGAAGAUCACGAGCCUGGAACCCUUUCAGCUGACAUUGAAGGCGCUGACUUGCGAGCAGAGGUGUAUGAUAAAGACUGUGCUGUGUGGACUGAGAAUGGCCGGAAGUCACUUGAUGCUGUGCAGCAACUCACAGAAAUGGUGGAACAGAAACACCGUAUCGAUAUCCUCAACGGACUUCUCGCUGGCAAGAUCGUCUCUCGAAUCCGUAAAGAGCAAGCGGUAAAGAACGCAGAGACUCUUGUCUCCGGUCUUCAAGCCUCGUCAGAGAUAUGCCAGCAAGCAAUCGUGGUUGCAGAGGCAGAGUGGAACAAGAAAUGGGCUGCGAUAUUCAAGGCCGUGGAUGAUAAGAUUAAGGCUGCUGUUGCAGAAGAAUCCCAAUGA